CCCUGCCCUCCCAGAGCGGCUUCGGGAGCAUCUGCAGCCAGCCGUCGCCAUUUCCGAGCGCCCACUUUCAAAAUGGCAGACGGAAGGAAGCUUGCAUUUGGGGCGAGAGCGAGGCCCUAGUUUAAGGACGUUACACAAAUUCCGGUCCGGUUGCAAGAUGGCAGCGCCCGGUGGUGGAUUCCAACCUCGUGAGCGGCGCGCCGCGGAGCAGGAAGAGGACUGGGAUGCUGUGACGCCCAAGCGGCCCCGACUCGGGGUGGGAAGCAAGAUCGGAGGCCGUAGGCUCAUUGUGGUGCUGGAAGGGGCCAGUCUGGAGACAGUCAAGGUGGGGAAGACGUAUGAGCUGCUCAACUGUGACAAGCACAAGUCCAUGUUGUUGAAGAACGGACGGGACCCUGGGGAAGUGAGACCAGACAUAGCUCACCAGAGUUUACUGAUGCUGAUGGACAGUCCCCUGAACCGGGCUGGCUUGCUACAGGUUUAUAUCCACACGCAGAAGAAUGUGCUGAUUGAAGUGAACCCCCAGACUCGAAUUCCCAGAACCUUUGACCGCUUCUGUGGCCUCAUGGUUCAGCUUUUACACAAACUCAGCGUUCGAGCAGCUGAUGGCCCCCAGAAGCUCUUGAAGGUGAUUAAGAAUCCAGUGUCACAUCACUUCCCGGUUGGGUGCAUGAAAAUCGGCACUUCUUUUUCCGCCCCGGUCGUCGGCGAUGUGCGGGAGCUGGUGCCCAGCGGCGACCCUGUUGUCUUUGUGGUGGGGGCCUUUGCCCACGGCAGGCUGGAUGUGGAGUACACAGAGAAGAUGGUGUCCAUCAGCAACUACCCACUCUCUGCUGCCCUCACCUGUGCAAAGCUCACCACAGCCUUUGAAGAAGCGUGGGGCGUCAUCUGACAGAAGCACCCUAACCUGACACAGAGACUGUGGACAUUGCUUACCCGCCCUGGUGCCCAGCUGACUGCCGCAAGACCCCCUUCCUGCACCGAGACCGGGGUUUGCGUGGGUCCGGGCUGUACACCUGCUAUUUGUUUAUCUUAUAAACAUUGUUCUUGCAAACCUA